ACUUCCAUUUAGCACCGGUACUGAGAUAAUGGCGGUAAACUGUGCUAAUUUGCUUCCUAUAGAAUUAUGCGAAAAAGUGAAAAACUCCAAGGUUUUCAUGGUCGGUGCCGGAGGUAUUGGAUGUGAACUAUUAAAAAACUUAGUUUUAGUUGGAUUUCCUUACAUUGAAAUCAUUGAUCUGGACACAAUUGAUGUUAGUAACUUAAACAGACAGUUUCUCUUCAGAAAAGAACACGUUGGAAAGUCUAAAGCUGAAGUUGCAAAAGAAUCGGCCUUAAAGUUUAAUCCUAAUACCAAAAUCAUAGCAUACCAGGAUAAUAUUAAAAGUGAUAAAUAUGAUGUUGAUUUUUUCAAGAAGUUUAAUGUCGUCCUUAAUGCUUUGGAUAAUAGAAGUGCAAGAGUACACGUGAAUAGAAUGUGUCUUGCUGCUGACAUACCCCUGAUUGAAAGUGGUACUGCUGGUUAUUUGGGUCAAACAACUCUUAUUAAAAAGAACUUAUCAGAAUGCUACGAGUGUACUCCUGUUAGUGGACAAAAGUCAUAUCCCGGCUGCACAAUUCGUAAUACACCUUCAGAAUUAAUUCACUGUAUAGUUUGGUCGAAACACUUAUUUAAUCAGCUUUUCGGUGAGGCAGAUGCUGACGAGGAAGUUUCUCCAGACACAGAGGACCCUGAAGCUGCAGGUGAUGCUGGAGAAGCUGUCCAAAAAAAUUUGGACUUUGAACGUGUAAGCACAAGGAAAUGGGCAAAAGAGAAUGAUUAUAAUAAUUUAAAAGUUUUUACUAAACUCUUUCAUGACGAUAUAAAGUAUCUAUUAUCUAUGACAAAUUUAUGGACGGAACGAACUCCUCCUAAACCAUUAGUGAUAAGCGAAUUAUCAGAUACUCAGGACAAUCAGUCAAACGUUAUACCUGAUCAGCGAAUAUGGUCUAUAAAGGAAUGUUUUGAUAAAUUUUCCAAUUGCUUGAAAGAAUUGAAAGAACGUAUUAAAGACGAUGAAAACCUAAUCUGGGAUAAAGAUGAUGAUAUUGCAAUGGAUUUUGUAACUUCGGCUGCUUGUAUUCGCGCUCAUAUAUUUGGUAUUCAACGAAAAAGUAGAUUUGACAUAAAAUCUAUGGCUGGAAAUAUUAUUCCUGCAAUUGCUUCAACAAAUGCUAUAAUAGCAGGCUUGGUUGUUUUGCAAGCCCUAAAGGUAGUUCAGGGAAGAGCUAAGGAUUGUAGACAUAUCUACAUGAAUCUGAUGCCAAAUCCAAGAAAUAAGUUACCAGUCUCGGGCUAUUUAUGCGAACCAAAUCCAAAGUGUUAUGUUUGUUCGAAGUCUUCGAUUGCAGUCCGUCUUGCUCCAGAAAACAUCACACUCAGAUUUUUUCAAGAUAAAAUAUUAAAAAGUAGUCUUGGCAUGGUUGCUCCGGAUGUUGAAUUAGAUGAUGGAAAAGGUACUAUUGUAAUAUCCAGUGAGGAAGGAGAAACAACUGAAAAUAUGGACAAAACAUUGUCAGAGUUCAGUAUCAAAAAUGGAAGCCAAUUAAAAUGUGAUGAUUUUCUCCAAAGAUAUGAAGUUACAAUUGUCAUAGCAGAAGCUUCAAAAGAGGAUCUACCAGAGGAUCAAGAGUUCGAAGUAGUUGGAGACAUUGAACAACUUAAAUCAAAGAAAGACGACGUUCAGAACGAAAACGGGAAAAAUGGAAAGAAUGAAAAAGACGACACUGACUUCCUUGAGGUGAUAUCUGAUGAGGAGAUGGAGGUAUCUGAACCAAAAAAGAGAAAGGCUGAAGACGAUAACGAAGUGCCUAGCGGAAAGAGAUUGAAAACAGACGCAAUUGAAAUUGAAUAA